AUGCAAUUUCAGUUUCUAACCGCCUGUGUAUCAUCCAUCACAGUCUGCCAGAAUAUCAUAGUAUUUCUCCAGAUAAUUACUCUUCCUUCGUCGCUUCAAUGCAACCCUUCCCGCCCGAAACUCCUCAUCUUCUUCUUCGUACACCAGAAAAUGUCCUCCAAACCGCCCGAUAUUACCGCCGAUCUCCCUCCCUCCGUUCUGGAUUUCCGAGAGUACGACGACGACGCAUGGUACGGCGUCCGUCUCGUCCUGGAGGGCGAGACGUUGACGGUGAAGUUCUUAGACUUCGGAGACGAGUCCGACAAGCGAUUGGGGCCGUCCGAUUUCGAGGACCCGAAAGCGUUGGACGAUUUCGCGGAACGGUUUCGGCCGACAUCUGUACAGUUACAGGACGGGGAGUGCCGGAGAGUGAUCGAAGGGAAGACCGUCUGCGCUUCGCACACGUUCGGAGAUAACGACGUUAGGUUCUACGACGCCGUCGUUGAAACGGCGAGUUUUCCGUUUCUUCUUCUUCUUCUUCUU